AUGAUGGAAGAAGAGUCUGAGGUCCUCGACUGGGGCAAUGAGGACGACGAGUCUCAAAUUGUUCAGCAGAGGGCUUCUGCGGACGGGGAUGAUACCUGGCGCGACCCCGAGGACGCAGAGGCCGAAGAUGCUGUGUCUUUGGGUGGCGACGAGGACGACUUGCAGGAUUAUUAUGCUUAUCAGACCACAGAACAAGACGACACAAAGGGUAAGACACCUGCACCCAAGUCUUCGUCUCUCUCGCAGUUGCAGCAGCAGAAGCGCGACUACCAGCGCGAACAGUCUGGCAGCUCUCAAAAACAGCCGCCACCCCCCCAAUCCUCUGAUUCUCCCAAUGUCCGACCCACUCAAUCUCACAACAAAUUCACGCAUGCUCUUCCGCCCAAACCUGUGGUUUCUGUCGCUCCCUUCGUCCAUCCUUCGCCAGCGCAAACAAGCACUCUGGCGAGUUCCAUGGUACAAAGAGAACGAAGAUCCAAUGGAUUAGGGAAGUCUACCUCUGGUGGCGACGACGUUCUGCCACCAGAUUGGGAGGUCAGGUACUCUCGCAAUGGUAGUCGCGAUGCCUACUACUACAAUAUCAAGACCCACGAGUCGACGUGGACUCAACCAAGUUUGGUGAGCGGUAGAGCCUCUCCUUCGAAAGAUAGAGAGAAUGGCGCCACACCUGUGUUGGAGGCAAGUCCGCUUGAUGGUGAAGUGCCUGGACGGUUCGACUCCGCUGAGAGGGGCUCGUCGUCUCGUCAUGGUCGGAAGGAUACGAAGCGCAAGGCUUCACCUUCUGCUGCUCUGUCAUAUGAGGACCGUCAUUAUCGUCCCGGGGGAUCGUCUCAUCCCAGUACGAACGUGGACUCCAGCGAGAGGAAGGACGACCGCGGCGUUUAUGGUGCAUCGCCGCACCGCGAAGCGUCUUACUCCAUACCAUCGCCAAGAAUCGAUGAACGCCGAAGAUCACGGUCCACCACACCUCCUCGUCGGGAACAUCAUGCUCAAGACAGGUCUACUCGUUCCCGUAGAGAGGGGACCCCUCCUAGGAUGCCUGCGGACCAUUAUACGUGGAGGGAGAGUCACCGGGAUAUUCCGUCCCCUCAAUAUCUUUCCGAACGCGAUCGGAUUCCACCUCGGCCUUCAGCAUCUUUCGAGCCCCUGCCAGUUCAAAUCCCUGACGGUCGUCCUCGCGGUCAUCCUCAGCAAACGGAUGUCGAUUCACUUUCCGUUCGCCACAAUCGUGAUGAGUGGCCGGCUCCAAGGAACAGGUCACCGCCGCCGCAUUUGCGCGAAGCUUCGCCCAAUUUGCGAAGGAUACCGGAAGGACCUAUAUUGGCACAUUCACCAGCAAUAGCGCCCUCAGUAUCUGUGGGCUCGAGGUUAAAAUCAAAAUUCGACAGCCCUGCCAAUGUGCCUGCACCACCGCUUGCGAGAGACCUUUCGCGGGAACACAAUGUCUACCUUCCGGCAGACUCCGUUCCUCAAAGAAGGGGUAGAGAUGUGGAAAUUUCAGAUACCGGCCCAGAUUUUGAGCCCAAGCGACGACGUGUGGACAAUAGAAUGGCUGACUUUCAUCGAGUCUCUGCUGCAGAUACGCACCACGUGUCUGGCUUGCCACAACGGCCCGAGCAUGCACCGUUUACUUCUCCUGUUGCACAGAGCGAUCAGUCACGUUCUCGGAAAAGGCCGCCUUUACCACCCCAGAGCACUCGAUUUGCAGAAGCCUCACGCCCAGUUCCCCCGCCACCUUCCAAUCCCGAGUCUACUCAAGGCGGACCACCUUAUCCACCGCUUCGUCAAGUUUACGAUGGUGGUGCGCCGCGGAGAUAUACUGACGUUUCUAGUGAGAUGCCGCCGCCUCGCCGCCCACCUCCGGUGCAACCUACCCGCGAUGUUGAGCCUGAAGGAAAUAUGCGCGCGCCACCAACGCGCCCAUCGGGCAGGUCAUCGACCCGCUUUGACAAUACAACGGUCGUUCCACGGGAACCGCGGGACUUCGUCGCGCCUCCAGAGCGAGCUCCAGCUGACAUUGAUCACGCCCGAGGCAGAAUGACGGCUCUUCGAAUCCAGGAUGGCACUAGAGCUAACAUGGGCAUGCACGCUGACCGUUUGGGAGUAGAUGUGCAGAUGGACGCGCCUCCUAGGGGCCCGAGGGCCAUGGCAAGCAAAGGCAGCGCGGUCUCUUACGCACCUCCUUCACCGCCCAUCAUCUCGCCCAAAACUUCUUACUUGAACUUGCGGCCGAUGCCACAGGAACCAGCGCCAUCAGCUCCUGGCAGGUUCAACUUUCGUUUCUCACAGCAGCUAUCGCAGCCGCCGCUUGCAGGUAACGAAGGGUGGGCAGAGCUACGCGAGCGACAGGAACCGCCGUCCAGAUACCCUAAGGGUCCUGCGAUGAACCGCGAUACGCAGCCUCGUAAAUUCGACGAACCCAGAAAUACUGGGCUCCCACUGCCACCUGACAGACAAACUGGAAUGCAAGAAGUUAUCGAACCGAAGCAUCAGGACAUGCAAGACCGUCGGUUCUCGCGCCGUGAUGCAGGUGGCCCGCCUCUACCCGUUUCAGGCACUAAUAGCGUACCCAUCGGCAACAGGAAUGCGUUGCCUGAACCUCCCAUAGAGCGCCCGCCAGUGCGUCCUCCCAAUGAUCGCGGUAGACCGUCGACUACAAGCAACAAUGAUUCUGCUCGUGGUCGUCCGCCCCAUGGAAGUUCUGCGCCGCAAGAUGAGUUCGACGAGAUGGGUCGACGGUAUCGUCCUACUCCCGAUUCUCCUGUCAGUCACUAUCGAAUUCCGCCAGUAGUCCCUGAGUCCCCUCAGCGGCGACCUUCGAUUGCUUCCGAACCGCGGAGUGAUGUCUUGGUUAAGGAGCGGCCACCUCCGGCAGCUGAUACCUAUCAAAAUUCCACAGUACCAACUCGUCCGCGGAUAGAUACUUACCGCAACGCAGAGGGCCGUCCUCGUGUGUCACGUUUCGGACCCCAGACAGCCCCAAUACCACAGAGUUCUAGUCCUGCUGUGACGGAGCAACCACGAGUCUGGAUAACGCGAGAGCAGUCGAUGGAGGGUCAGAACCGUCCUCGAGGCGGUGACCAACCAGAAGAUUUCCGACCCCCGUCCAAUGUUACUCCCUCGAGGAUUGAGCCGCCUAGGGAGCUGCCCCGUCGUGAAGAGCCUGCGGGUCCUCCUCGCAGCUUCAACGACGGAGGGAAUCAGGGAGGCAGGUUCGACUCUGCCCCUCGGCUAAACGUCGCCAACUCCCCACGAAAGCGUCAGCGCGAGACAACUCCAGAGCGUGGAAGAGACCGUCCCUCACCAGCUGAGACGCGUACACGAGGGCGCCGAACAAGUCUUGAAGGUCGUCUCAGUUCGCAUUAUGACGAGCAUUAUGCCGACACUCGGUAUGCGCCUCAGGAAGCUCUUCCACCGCCAUCUCUACCAGUGCGCCCACCCUCGCGGGACAUCUAUCCGGAGAUGCGCCCUCGUGCUCCAUACAAUGACCACAGGGACCACCCUCCGCCUUACCGCGAAGAGGCUCCCUUGCGGUGGGACCGUCCAGAUCCAGAGAAGGCUCCGGACCAACCAACUGCCCCUGCGAGGCUUCAUCCAGAUCGCGCACGGCUCAUAGAUCCUGUCCCAGCCCCGUCUGUUAUCGUCGAUGUCCCUAUGCGGACGUCCAAGCCGGUGCGCAUCCGUCGUCCACCCCCUAUGUCCGCACAAACUUUGCAGGAGAGUUUCACUCCUCCCAUUCCUAUGGCCUUGAGAGAUCCACCUCCGAGUCACAUUCGUGAAGACAAGCGGGGUGGAGACAUGAUAGAACCGCUGCCUGAACGUAGCACGCGACCAUCCGCCAGGCGCGGGGGUUCCCUGCUUGACAGGCUAUCGAUGGAUCAUCCUUCGCCUGGUCCUUCGGACGUGAUGUCGCCGUCGCUGCGCGAGAGGGUCGAGACGUUGCCGAAUAAGCCGGAUGACAACAUGGGAGGCGUCCCGCCUGACGUCCUCGACAUCGACUACGAGAUGAAUGGCGGCGGAAGUGGAGGGGGGGAUGGCAGCGGAAACGGGAACGGAGGGGGGGAAUACGCGUAUCGUGGGAUGGCGAGGGGUGGCAAAAGGCGUGGGAUGAAGCCGAAACGAGGAGGGAGGAGAGGAGGCGUGCUGGCUUAA